UCCACGUACGUUAAGUUACAAUACGCGCAGCCUUUCUUUUUCGUUUCUCUGUAUUCGCGCAUAAACCCGACCAAAUAAAGGCAACAAUGGCAGUGACAAACGCGUACAUGGUUGCUAAUCUCAUCGAAAAGAUGAGUAACGAAGACAGGGACUUUCGUUACAUGGCCCUGAAUGACUUGAUGAAUGAGUUGCAAAAAGAAAAUGGACUUUCUAUGGACGAGGCUAUUGAAGGCAAGGUCAUUCGAGCAGUUUUAAACUUGAUGGAGGACAAGAACGGUGAAGUCCAAAAUCUUGCUGUCAAAUGUCUGGGCCCCCUCGUCAAACGUAUUCGUAUCGAACAUACUUUGGAAAUCAUUGAUCGGUUGAGUGACUAUGCGGUGCAAAAGGACAACGAAAUUCUUCGAGGCAUCACGAGCAUGGGUCUGAAAACGGUGAUCACCGAAGUAGAUCCUGUGAUGGGGCCAAGAAUAUGCGAAAAAAUCAUUCCCAAACUAUUGCAAAUGUCUCAAUCGGACUCGUAUGAAAUGCAGAUGGAUGCAUUGGACAUUUUGGCUGAGGUGCUUUCCCGAUUUGGAUCUCAAAUCACCGUGUCCCAGCAGACCAAGAUCCAAGGCACCUUGUUACCCCUUUUGGAUCAUGGCCGUGCAGCCGUAAGAAAGCGAACCACGGUUGCCAUUGGUUAUUCUGUCGUUAACUUGACCGAUACCAUGUAUAUCAGCCUGAUCAAUUACUUAUUGGACCGAUUACAAAACACAAAGAACAGCGAAAAACUGAGAACUUUGGUACAAUGCGCAGGUGUACUGAGCCGAUACAGCACAAGACGAUUGGGAGGCUAUUUGCCAAAGCUUUUACCCAUCAUUGUCAAUCACGCCAAGGAGGCAGACGAGGACGAUGAAUUGAGAGAAAUAUGCCUCCAGUCGCUGGAAUCUUUUGUACUUCGAUGCCCUACUGAAAUUACGCCUUAUAUCAACGAAAUCAUUGAACUCGGCUUGACAUAUCUGAAAUACGAUCCUAACUUUGCAGAAGACGAUGAGGAUGAUGAUGGAAUGGAGUGUCAAGAGGAGGAAGAAGACGAAGAAGACGAAUUCGACGAAGAAGUAGAUUAUUCCGACGAGGACGACGACAUGUCAUGGAAGGUGCGACGUUCAUCGACUAAGCUUCUUGGUGCGGUGAUCGGAACACGUUCCGACUUGUUACAAUCUUUGUACGAGACAGUAGCACCUGCACUGAUCAGCCGUUUCAAGGAGCGCGAAGAAUCCGUCCGAGCUGACGUUUUGAUGACCUUUAUUGCAUUGUUGCGACAAACUGCCGUGUACGGUGGCAGCGGUGGCGAGUCUGCAAUUGCACUGCAUUCUGCCAAAUCCAACCUUUACUUUGAUGCUACGGGUCUUGGAGACGAACUCUCGCUUCUCCCUGAGAAAGUACGAUCAUCCGGCUCGCAGACGUUUGACAGUGACAUGGAGACCGGUGAAGGACCCAAGCAGCUGCUUCUUGCACAGGUCCCUAAGCUUGCCAAGGCACUUUCAAAGCAGCUUUCAUCCAAAUCGACCCAAACGCGACAAAUUGGCUUCAUCCUUUUGCGUGAGCUUGUCACCGUAUUGCAUGGUGGUCUCUCCAACGAGAUCGAGCUGUUCAUUCCUGCUAUCGAGUCAUCGCUAGCAACCGGAGCAAACGAGACGCAGCACAUUGCACUGACGUCUAACUUGAAGAUUGAAGUGUUGACAUUCUUACGUCAGCUGUUCCGCAACCAUUCUACCAAUGUCUUACACCCUUACCUUAACCGCCUCUCUCCUCCAAUUAUUCGUACCCUUUCGGAUCGAUUCUACAAGAUCACCUCUGAAGCGUUCUUGCUCUGCAUCGAGCUGAUCAAGGUCAUCCGCCCUAUCAAGCGCAACAGUGAAACUGGAGAAUACGAUAUUGCAGACAUGAAUUCAGACUACAAGCCCUACAUCUUGGACAUUUACAAUAUCACUAUCAAGAUUCUCGGCACAAGUGAUGCGGAUCAGGAAGUCAAGGAGCGCUCUAUCAUGUGUCUAGGCGCUUUGCUCGCUCAAGCAGGCGAUGCACUUCAGUCUGAACAACGUGAGGCAUGGGAUAUGUUUUUGGAUCGUUUGCGAAACGAGGUGACGCGCUUGAUCACUGUGCGCACGUUGGCAAUCAUUUGUCAAAGCCCUGUAGCGGCUGGUUCAGAGCUUGAGCGCUGUGUCUUGGUUGCUGUCGACGAAAUUAGCCUUUUGCUCCGCAAGAACAACCGUUCGUUGCGUGUUGCUAGUGCUGAAUGCUUGCGCAUUCUUAUCCAAAAGUUUGGCCAACAUAUCCCUAACGAAAGCUGCAAGAAGCUUCUAAAUGAACUUAUUCCUCUUAUCUCUGACGCCGAUCUUCACUUGUUGCCAUUGGCACUGCGCACCAUCGAAGCACUCAUUAUCGCCAAACCAGAGUCAGUCCAGGGUAUUAAGGAAGCCACCCUCCCAUCUCUGUUCCAAUUGAUCCAAUCACCUCUAUUACAAGGCGCUGCUCUCGACAGCUUGUUGAAUUUGUUUGCCGCGCUGGCUCGAGCAAGCCCGGCUGAUUACCAGAUACUCGUCAAAGGACUGAUUGAUCCAUUGUUGAACGUCAAGACAUCGGGUGUUUCUGCUGGCGGUGUUGCAGCUGUUGCCAACAAGCAAGCUGCUGCUACUGUCGCUCAAUGUGUUGCUGUUCUUGCAGUCAACACGGACGAAGCAAACUGCCAAAACACUAUCCGUGGAUUCCAGGGCUACAUCGAGGAUGCUUCGACCAACGAUUCCAUCAAGUACCUGAGCCUCCUUGCUUUGGGUGAAAUUGGCCGUCGUGUCAACUUGAGUUCGAUUGAUAACAUCCAGGAGCAUGUGCUUCGAUUGUUUGCAGCACAGUCCGAGGAAGUCAAGUUUGCAGCUGCAUUCGCUCUUGGUAACAUUAGCGUUGGUAAUCUUGAGAGAUACUUGCCCUUGAUUGUGGCACAGAUUAAAGAACAGCCCAAGCGGCGCUAUUUGCUGCUCCACGCCUUGAAAGAGAUUAUCACGCGCUCUGACAAAAACACAAAGCUCGGUGCUGCAUCAGACGAAAUCUGGGUCUUACUUAUUGAAAGCAGCGACUCCGAGCAAGAAGAAGGCACCCGCAGUGUUGUUGCUGAGUGUCUCGGCAAGCUCGCAUUGACCAAUACCACCAAGUUUUUGCCCGAGUUACAAUCGCGUUUAGCUUCGCCCUCCGCACAUAUCCGAGCAACCGUUGCCACGGCAAUUAAAUAUGCAAUCGUCGAUCCAACAACUGAAUAUGAUGAACUUCUGAAACCAACUUUAUCUCAAUUCUUAUCACUGCUGCAGGAUUCUAGCUUGGACGUACAACGGCUCGCGCUCUUGACGAUGAAUUCAGCCGUGCAUAGAAAGCCUUACUUGAUCAAGGGCAUGUUGGGCGAACUUGUACCACUCUUGUAUAGUGAAACUGUGGUCAAGGAAGAGCUCAUCCAUACUGUUGAAAUGGGUCCGUUCAAGCACAAGGUGGACGAUGGUUUGGAAAUCCGCAAGGCUGCAUACGAGUGCAUGUACACCCUUCUCUCGACUUGCUUGGAUAAAAUUGACGUGCAUGGGUUCUUGGACACUGUGCGAUCGGGAUUAGAAGAUCAGCAUGAUAUCAAGAUGCUCGCUUACUUGAUGCUGGUUCGAUUAGGCAAGGUAGCACCAACAGCUGUAAUGCAAAAAUUGGAUGAAUUAGUAGAUCCAUUCAAAGCCACACUGGAAUUCAAGAUGCGGAGCAAUGCUGUCAAGCAAGAAGUCGAAAAGAACCAAGAACUCGUUCGUGCCACGCUUCGGUGCAUGGUCGGUUUGGCUGGUCUUUCGGAACCAGGCGUAUCACCUAAAUUCGACCAUUUCAUCAAGGAGGUGCAAUCUGGUCCUCUUGCCGAUGAUUAUAAUCAAACGCUGGUGGAGGCAAACAAUCGAGAAACGAUUCGCAACCCUGGGGACUACAUGGAUAUUUCGUAGGGCGCUCUGUAGUAGUAGUGAAUAAACAAGAAGCAUAGUAUAUACAUAGUCAUUAGCAACAAUACCGUAUAUUUAGUGAUGGAAGACUGUCCAGUGGAACAGUUAAAACCAAUAUAUGUCG